AUGCGGGUGGACCCUCGGGAUGUUGAUUGUUGUAAUCGCCUUCAUCUUCCUCCUCCGCAACGACAACUCAUGCGUAACAGGUGUAGGCAUCCUACCCCAAAGGUGAAUAGGGAGGGAAGAUGGUCCCCUCCUCCCUUGGGAGUCCUAAAAAUCAACUCGGAUGGCUCUUCUCGUGGUAAUCCUGGUCAUGCUGGCAUUGGAGGUGUGGGCCGUGAUAGCUCAGGGGAUGUUCAGUUUAUUUUCUCUGAGUAUAAGGGUCUUCAUACGAAUAAUCUUAUGGAGGCUCAGGCUAUUUUAGUGGCUAUGGAGCGGGCCAAUCAGUUGGGUUGGCGAAGGAUCAUAUGUGAGUCUGACUCCCAGGUUGUGGUGAACUUACUGAAAAGGCAGUAUAUGGAUAAUGUGAGCUGGCAGCUGGCCUUGAUUGUUGAACAAAUUCUCACUCUCUGUGCAUCUCUGGAGCAUGUUACUUUCAACCAUAUUCCCCGUGAAUGGAAUGGUGUGGCUGAUUGCUUGGCUAAAUGGGCUUCCGAUCAUAUGCAUGAUUGGAAUUUGGUGGAUCGGGGCCAUCUGCCCCCAGAUUUGUCUCAUCAAUUGGAUCACUUGGUUGAUCUUGAUAGGGCCAUUUAA